AUGAACAAUGAGCCACGAACAAGGGAGGAGGUUUCGAGUCUGAGCGACUUUGAGUUGAUAGAGAGACUAUGUGAGAUGCAAAGAGAGAAGCGAUGUCUCAUUGUUCUGGAUGAUGUUUGGGAACUUUCUCAAUGGGAGGAGUUGAAGCAUCCAUUCAUUUUCCAAGAUUUGCAGAGCAAAAUAUUGGUGACAACACGGAAACAAAAUGUUGCAAAAAUUGGAUUGGCAGUGGAACAUGGGCUUUUGCAUAUGGAUGCUGCUUUGGAACUACUCAAAAAUAAAGCAUUUCAGCAUGGAGCCAUUCCAGACUUUGCAUUGGAAGAAAGAGUUGAGAAAAUUGGGAAAGAAAUGGUGCAGAAAUGUGGGUAUUUGCCAUUGGCAAUUUGUUUACUCGGUGGGGUCUUGAGACAGAAAAAAUCGAUUGAUGAGUGGGAAUUAGUAAAUGAGCAUACAAAAGCAGCCAUAUAUGGAGAUGAAGAGCAGAUUGAUGGAGUGCUAAAUUUGAGCUAUGAAAGUCUACCUUAUUAUUUGAAGCCUUGCUUUCUGUAUAUGGGUAUUUUUAACGAGGAUGAAACGUUAUCUGCUUCGUAUCUAUACAAGAGAUGGAUAGCACAAGGCAUGAUUUCAUAUGAGAAUAUUGGAGCAAAGGAGGAACACACUUUAAUGGACAUCGCUGAGCUGUACUUAGGUGAGUUGGCUUCCAGGUCCAUCGUUCAAGUUGAAAUUCAACUUGAUCAUGAUGCCGCAAAAUAUGAUACUUGCAAACUUCAUGACGUAGUAAGAGAACUAUGUUUGAAAUUAGGAAAAAAGGAGGAUUUUGGAGUGAAAAGUUUGGAGUAUCAAGGUGGGAAAUUCAGUACCUUGCUACGGGAAGCUUCCUCACUUACGAAGAUACAACAUUUGGCAAUUAAUUUCAGAAGUGAAGUCGAGCUCGAGCGUACAGUUGCUUAUGGAGAAGAUACUAGCAAACGUAUAAGGUCUCUUCAAUUAUACAAUGAUAUAAAUUUGGAUGUUAUUGAGUUCCCCCAACAAAGUAUAGUUGAUUUCCAGAAAUUCAAAUUGUUGAGAGAUCUAGUUAUCGUGGGAUUCAAAUUUGCAGGAGGAAAGUUACCGAGAGGAAUCCCUAAUCUUGUUCACCUUAGAUGUUUGCAUUUACAUAGAUGUGAACUUGAUAAGCUACCGUCAUCCAUUAGGAAUUUGGUAUACAUGGAUACGCUAGAUUUAACAGAUUCAGUUAAUGUUAAAGUUCCACAUGUUUUUAAGGAGAUGGUGCGAUUAAAACACUUGUAUUUUCCUUUCUAUGAAUUUGAAAAGGUUGGAAAUUAUCGAGUAAGAUUGGAUGAGGGAUUAGAUGAGUUGGAGACUCUACUAUACUUGGAUAGUAGAUGUCAUGAAUUUAAAUGGAUGGAAAGGAUGAAGAAUCUCCGAUGUUUUGCAGCAAGAAUACACGAUAAUGAAAGCUUGUCAGUUAUCAUGAAUGACAUUAGGAACUGGAACAAGAUAGAGUAUUGUUUUGUUACUAUUGAAGGAAGUUGUGACUUAACAAGUGAGCGAAUGCUGGAGAAGGUUUUGACGUGUCCCAAUCUUUAUAAAAUGAGUAUUGCGAUUGAGUUAGGGAAGGCGCUAGCAGAGUGCUGGAGUGAUUUAUUGAGUUCAAAACUCAAGUGUUUGGAUUUGAUUGAAUGCGAGAUUGAGGAUGAUCCAAUGGGGAUACUGGGAAAGCUUCCUUGCUUGAUAAAAUUGCGAUUAUAUCCGGAAUCAUUUGUUGGGGAGGAGAUGCAGUGUCCAGCAAACAGUUUUCCUCGCCUCAAGAUCCUAACAUUGAGAGGUUUACGAAAGUUGAGGGAGUGGAGAGUGGAGGCAGGAGCCAUGCCCCUUCUCUCUAAAUUAACUAUUGGAGAGUGUUCUUGUCUGGAGAGGAUUCCACAGGGGUUGAGUGGCAUUUCUACCCUUCAGAGACUAGUAAUUAAACAAAUGCCGGAAUUGAGAGAGAGGUUAUUGCAAUCUGGACAGGAACUCCUCAAAGUCCGCCAUGUCCCUUCAAUCAUCAUCGAGGACUAG